GGCAGCAUUAGCAGCAGCAUACCAGAGCAUGGACUGUGGCAGUCUGCUCAGUACUGACACAGGAGUAAUGCCGGAGGAGGAGAGUUUCGAGUACCUGCCCCACACUGACCCAGCUACUUUCGUUAAUGAGUUCCAGAACACAACAUCUGCUGACAACAAGAUAAAGUUUCACACUGGUACAACUACAUUGGCGUUCAAGUUCAAGCACGGAGUUAUCGUCGCUGUGGACUCCAGAGCUACAGCUGGUAGCUACAUUGCUUCUCAAACCGUGAAGAAGGUUAUUGAGAUAAACCCGUACCUGCUCGGUACAAUGGCUGGAGGAGCGGCUGACUGCUCCUUCUGGGAGAGACUCCUGGCGAAGCAGUGUAGGAUUUACCAGCUCAGGAACAGAGAGAGGAUCAGUGUGGCUGCUGCCAGUAAGAUUCUCUCCAACAUGGUCUAUCAGUACAAAGGUAUGGGACUGUCUAUGGGAACGAUGGUGUGUGGAUGGGACAAGAGAGGACCCGGUCUGUACUACGUUGACAGUGACGGCCAGAGAACUACCAACUACAUGUUCAGUGUUGGGUCUGGGUCUACCUACGCAUACGGUGUUAUGGACACUGGUUACAAAUACGAGAUGUCUGUUGAGGACGCCUGUGACCUGGGACGCAAGGCCAUCAUGCACGCAGCACAUCGUGACGCCAUGUCCGGUGGUGUGGUCAACCUUUAUCACAUGAAACAGGACGGCUGGGUAAAGGUGUCCCAGACAGACGUCAGCCAGAUGUACUAUCAGAGUUUAGAGGAGAGGAAUUAAACUUGUGUUUAGAUUUUGCUACAAGUUUACCUGAUAUAUCGGACAAGGAAUACCACUUAGUAGAGGGUGCUAUUUGUAAAAUCUGGGCAAUUGAGGCUGGCUCCUUUGUAUCAUUUUUGGUACGGCUUUUUGUCGGUUAUCAUUACAUUGAUGACGUAUUAUUAUAAGGUUACUUAUAUUUGUACUAUGUAGUAUGUAACCACGUACUUGUUCCCUUGCCGAAUUGUCUAUUAUCGACUAUUAUAAUUAUAUAUGUACUAGUUGAUGUACAAAAUAUUUGAAUAGAA